AUUGAAGCAUCCGAGCAACACUCAACUAUUUGUGUGCCCUUCAUUUUAUGCAAAAAUUAAGAGGAAGUUUUUUAUUUUAUUUUCUUUUCCGCGUUUUUACCAUGUUUUAAUUCUGAAUUUGAAGAAGCAACAUCGUGUACGCAUUUGUGAGAUGCGCAUAUAUAAACCUAUGCAACAAACACUUGUCAAAAAUUUUGAAAAUUUUUUCGAUCUUUUGUAAACUGCCAACCUUCGCCAUUUUGAAUACUUAAACACCCCUCCCCCCCUUGUGCGAGCACAAACCAUAUUGCAACAUUGCAGAACAAACACUGCCCUGCUUACCAUUUCUAUUUGAGAAAAAUGAAUUAUACAAUUAAGUGCCUCCUCUUUGGCGUUCUUCUGAACGCGGCCUGCAAAAUUGACGUACUCUGCCUGGAAGGUAACGGUAUUAACAACAAUUACCAAUCCCCAAGUGAAAACUACCAUAACGAUAUGAGCAUAUUUGCGGAAAGAAGUGACAAUAAAGGAUGUACAGGUGACAUCGAGCAGAGACUAAUAAAUGGAGAGAAGUUCCUAAGUCAAAAUUAUCAAAGCGAAAAUCCAGAAAAUCUGAAAGAUUAUAUAAGCUUAAAAACGAACCAGUUUAGGGAGUACAUAAUGCAUCUGUUCAAAUCGAAUAGCGUUGCGUCCAACGAUUUCUACAAAGUCCUUUUUGACUGCGCUAAGGUGUCAUCGGCAAAACCGUACUUAAUAGAUAUAUGUGUAAAUAAAUAUUUGAAAAAACACAACAUUGAUUUUUCCCCGACGUGCUUGAGCUGCUUUUCCUCCUUCAUCGGGUGUUCCUUUAUUUCGUGCAACAAGCAGUGCGCAAAGGACCAGUGCAAUGACGAGUGCAAAUCGUGCAGCGAGAAAAACUGCUUCAGAACUUUGUUAAACUGUACCAAGCUGGACGCCCUGCCCGACCCCUGCAAGUAG